AUGGCACCCCUUAGCCCUAAAGCCCUUUGCCUUGGCCUGUUGUUGGCCAUUCCAGUCUUCUCAAUUCCGGUCCAGCACAGUGACUUGGGAGUUGCAGAAGCUGCGAAGACCAAGAGGCUUCUAGGAUACACCUAUCAAGCCCUGGAUGGCGACGCUACUGAGAAAAGUGCCGCGGCCAACGACAAGAUCAAACGGCUUCUAGGAUACACUUAUCAAGCUCUGGAUGGGGAAGAUACCCAGACUGAUGAAGCAACCAAAGAAAAGGCUAAGCGCCUGUUGGGGUACACCUACCAGGCUCUUGAUGAAGAAGACUCUCAGACGGAUGCAGCAACCAAAGAGAACGUCAAGCGUCUUUUAGGGUAUACCUACCAGGCGCUUGAUGGCGAGGACACUGAGAAGGAUGCCGCGACUAAGGACAAGGCUAAGCGGCUUCUGGGAUACACUUAUCAGGCGCUCGACGGUGACGCAAACGAGUCCGACUCGGCGAAGGUCGAAACCGAGUGA